AGAAUUCGAAAAUGUUAAAAAAUUUGUGUUGAAUUGAAUCAAAAUAAUGGUUUCAAUCUUAAAUAAAAUCGGAAAAUACAGUAUUCUUCCCGUUAUUGGUUUAUUUGACGCAGAUAAGGUGCAAAAUGUUACUAAAACCGAACAAAUUACUGAAAAGACUUUGAAAGAAACGGGAUGGGAGAGAGUGAAAAAAAUUUUUGAAGCAGAUGAAUUUGGCAAUCUCACAAAUGAAGUAACCUCAAUAUUACAAGUUGCUGCAAUGAGUUCCUUCAUAGGAGCCAUUUAUGGAGGGGUUAUUAAUAGUAGAUCCGCUUAUUUAGAAUUUAUGAGAAGCAAUGAAGCAACGUCUUUUGAAAAUCACUUAGAUGCAAAGAGGAAGCUACAAGAUGCAGUUACAAUUAGUUUUGGGAAAGGUGCGUUCAAAUGGGGAUGGAGAUUAACAUUAUUCAGCACUACAUUUGUGGCAGUAUCAACAAUCAUCCAGACAUAUAGAGGAAACUAUGGAAUUUCAGAAUAUGUAGUAUCUGGAGUAGUAACUGGAACAAUGUAUAAAUUCAAUAUGGGGCCUCGAGGCUGGAUAGUUGGAGGUGGUCUAGGUGGCGUCUUAGGUUUUAUCUGUGGUGGAUGUACAUAUGGGCUUUUAAAAUUAUCUGGUUUAUCAAUGGAAGAAGCGAGGUAUUGGCAGAACAAAUGGACCAAUGAUAGAAGUGAAUAUUUUAGGAAAGGUGUAGCAGAUUACCUUGAAAAAGAAGACUUUGCAGUUAUAAAAAUGCAUAAUGACCAAAUUGGAGAAUCCGGGAAAAAUAUAGAUAAUUUAGAUAAACAAGAAAAUUCUGUAGUACAAAAAUCGAAUAAAAAUGUUCAGUGAUUCUUUUUGAA